GCUGCUGUCAUGGCGCUGACUCAGGGAGGAGGAAAGAAGAAAGUUUGUUAUUAUUAUGACGGUAUUGCUUCAGGAAACCUGGUAGACACGUCCAUUAUUGUCAGUGUUCACUUAAGUGGAGCUGACAGUACUGAUGCUGUGGGUGACAUAGGUAACUACUAUUAUGGGCAGGGGCACCCUAUGAAACCACACCGAAUCCGUAUGACCCAUAACCUGUUGCUGAAUUAUGGCUUGUACAGAAAGAUGGAAAUCUAUCGGCCACACAAGGCCACAACUGAGGAGAUGACAAAAUACCACAGUGAUGACUACAUCAAAUUUCUGCGCUCAAUUCGACCAGAUAACAUGUCAGAGUACAGCAAACAGAUGCAGAGAUUUAAUGUUGGAGAAGAUUGUCCUGUAUUUGAUGGAAUGUUUGAAUUUUGUCAAUUAUCAACAGGAGGCUCAGUGGCUGCAGCAGUAAAACUCAAUAGACAGCAGACUGAUAUUGCAGUCAACUGGGCUGGAGGUCUUCAUCAUGCCAAGAAAUCUGAAGCAUCAGGUUUUUGUUAUGUCAAUGAUAUUGUUCUCGCCAUUCUUGAAUUGCUGAAAUAUCAUCAGAGAGUUUUAUAUAUUGAUAUUGAUAUCCACCAUGGAGAUGGCGUGGAAGAGGCUUUUUAUACAACAGACCGUGUGAUGACUGUUUCAUUCCAUAAAUAUGGUGAAUAUUUCCCUGGCACAGGUGAUCUUCGGGACAUAGGUGCAGGGAAAGGUAAAUAUUAUGCUGUUAACUUUCCGCUGCGAGAUGGAAUUGAUGAUGAGUCUUACGAGCAGAUAUUUAAGCCAAUUUUGACCAAGGUGAUGGAAAUGUACCAGCCCAGUGCAGUUGUACUGCAGUGUGGAGCUGAUUCUUUGUCGGGGGACAGGCUUGGAUGUUUCAAUCUCACACUGAAAGGUCAUGCUAAGUGUGUGGAAUUCAUGAAAACCUUCAACCUACCCUUACUGAUGCUGGGAGGCGGAGGCUAUACAAUCCGCAAUGUUGCUCGCUGCUGGACAUAUGAGACUGCUGUAGCAUUGGAUACAGAGAUUCCAAAUGAGUUACCUUACAAUGACUAUUUUGAGUACUUCGGGCCAGACUUUAAACUGCACAUCAGUCCUUCCAAUAUGACGAACCAGAACACACUGGAAUACAUGGAAAAGAUUAAAAUGCGUUUAUUUGAAAAUCUACGUAUGCUGCCUCAUGCACCUGGUGUCCAGAUGCAGGCUAUUCCAGAGGAUGCUAUUCAGGAUAACAGUGGAGAAGAGGAGGAGGAUGAUCCUGAGAAACGAAUUUCAAUCCGAGCUUCUGAUAAGCGGAUAGCCUGUGAUGAAGAAUUUUCAGAUUCCGAAGAUGAAGGAGAAGGAGGUAGACGAGAUAUUACAAACCAUAAGAAAAUUACCAAGCGAGCACGAAUAGAAGAAAAGAAAGAACCAGAAGACAGAAAAAAUGAUGCUGAAGAGGAAGACAAAGCUAAAGACGUUACAGAGAAAACUGAUAUAAAAGGGAUCAAGUCUGAGCAACCCAGCAACCCAUGAACAUUUGAAGUUCUUUUGUUUAGCAAAAUUAAGGUCACAUCUCAAAGAAAGUUAUGUUUUGAGAGACUACAGACUUUUUGUACUAUUUCAAAUGGGCCGCAUAUUUAUUUCAAAACUGGGCAAAUGUGUUUGUCAGUUUCUUUGUGAUAUUCUAAGCAACAGAAAUACAAAUACUCCUAAUUAUGAAGCUGCGAGAAAGAAAGGUUUAGUUUUGACAACCACUGUACCAUGUUGCAAGUAAUAGCGUUUGUAAGUUUUUUUUUUAAACUAAGCUGUUUUGCUUCUAAAUAUGCUAUUUGUUAUCUUGUUGAAAACUGCAUUUACUACUUUUACAAAUAUUUGUAAUUAAAAGGUGUUAUAUGACCAAA